CGGCGGGGAAGGUAUAUAUAGACGUCAUCGGGCGCCGCGGCCUUCUUUCUCUCCGACCCCAGAGAGGCCUCCAUACGGCUUUGUUACCGCGUUUCCUGUCGUUGCUUUAAAAGGAAACUCACAAUGUCCGGAGGCCUUGAUGUCCUGCAGAUGAAAGAGGAAGAUGUCCUCAAAUUCCUUGCUGCAGCAACCCACUUGGGCGGCACCAAUCUGGACUUUCAGAUGGAACAGUACAUUUAUAAAAGAAAAACUGAUGGUAUUUACAUCAUAAAUCUGAAGAGGACCUGGGAAAAGCUGCUGUUGGCAGCUCGUGCCAUUGUUGCCAUUGAGAACCCAGCUGAUGUGAGCGUCAUCUCUUCCAGGAAUACUGGACAGCGUGCCGUUUUGAAAUUUGCUGCUGCUACUGGUGCUACACCAAUUGCUGGCCGUUUCACUCCUGGCACCUUCACCAAUCAGAUCCAGGCUGCCUUCCGUGAGCCCCGCCUUUUGGUGGUCACUGAUCCAAGAGCUGAUCAUCAGCCACUGACUGAGGCAUCUUACGUUAACAUCCCCACCAUUGCCUUGUGCAACACAGAUUCUCCUCUGCGUUAUGUGGAUAUUGCUAUUCCUUGCAACAACAAGGGGGCCCACUCCGUUGGUCUGAUGUGGUGGAUGUUGGCUCGUGAGGUCCUGCGUAUGCGUGGCACUAUUUCCCGUGAGCACCCAUGGGAGGUCAUGCCUGAUCUCUACUUCUACCGGGAUCCUGAAGAGAUCGAAAAGGAGGAGCAGGCUGCGGCUGAGAAGGCCGUGACAAAGGAAGAAUUCCAAGGUGAAUGGACUGCGCCCGCGCCUGAAUUCACUGCUCCUGCUCCACAGCCUGAAGUGGCCGAUUGGUCUGAAGGGGUCCAAGUACCCUCUGUGCCAAUACAGCCGUUCCCAGCUGAAGAUUGGAGUGCUCAGCCUGCCACUGAAGACUGGUCCGCGGCUCCCACUGCUCAGGCCACUGAGUGGGUAGGGACUGCUACAGAGUGGUCCUAAGACAGCAACAGGAAUUCAGGAGCACAGUGAAAAAUAAAAGAGCUUUCUUAAUGA